AUGAGCUUCGGCGUCUUCCAGAACUAUUACUCAAACAUCCCCGAAUUCCGCAAGAACUCGCACAACAUCCCUCUAAUCGGCACUCUCGCGCAAGCGCUGUACUACCUCGGCGCCCCAAUCUCCGCAAUCCUCACUAAGAAGUUCCCCAAGCGCCAGCGCCAACAGAUCUGGAUCGGUUGGCCCCUCUGCGUCCUCGGUCUCCUCGCGGCCUCAUUCACUUCCUCGGUAAACGGCCUCAUUGGCACCCAGGGCCUCCUCUACGGCAUCGGCUUCGUCACCCUCUCAUAUCCCAUCAUCAGCAUGGUCAACGAGUGGUUCGUCGCUCGCAAGGGCAUGGCCUUUGGCUUGAUCUCCGCUUCCUCAGGUGUUACAGGCGCCGGGAUGCCAUUCAUCAUCGAAGCCCUACUAAACAAAUACGGGCACAAAACGACCCUACGCGCCUGUGCAGUCGGAUUAGCCCUCCUAACUGCCCCGCUAAUCCCCCUCUUCAAGGGCCGCCUCCCCCCAUCGGAAAGCGCAACGCUCGCCCGUUCCGACUGGGCCUUCGUCAAACGCCCGCUCUUCUGGAUCUACGGCCUCGCAAUCCUCAUCCAGGGCAUGGGCUUCUUCUUCCCCUCUGUCUUUCUUCCGUCUUACGCGGCAUCCCUCGACCUCCCCUCCGUCCAAGGCGCUCUCCUGUUGGCCAUAAUGUCCAUCGCACAGGUCGCGGGCCAAUUCGCCUUCGGGUACCUCUCCGACAAGACACUCCCCGUAAGCGUCCUCGCGACGUUAUGCUGCGUCAUGGCUGCCGCGGCGGCGCUGGUCUUCUGGGGUCUCGCGAAAUCGCUCGUCUUUCUUAUCCUGUUUGGUUUACUCUAUGGGUUCUUCGGGUUCGGGUUCGGGACGAUGCGUGUGGCGAUGGGCCGCGCGGUUAGUGAUGACCCGUCGACGAUCUUCGCGACAUAUGCGAUUUUUGUGUUUUUGCAGGGGGUUGGGAAUGUUCUUGUCAGUCCGAUUAGUUCGGCGCUGAUUGGCGGGCAGGUUGUUAGGGAGCGGUUUGCGGUGGGGAGGUAUGAUGGUGUUGUGAUACUGACGGGGGCGUCCUCGGUGCUUGCGGCGGUCGUUAUUGGAGGGUGGCAUGGGUAUCAUUUUCUUUUGAAAUAG